GUGCUGGGCUUACAGGUGUGAGCCACCACACCUGGCCUUUCUUUUUUUUUACAAACCCUGCAUGUGGCAUCCAAUGGAGUGUGGUUUUGAGGCAAUGGAACACUGGCAUGUGGAUGACACCAAAGCACAGUUGUGACAGCAGAAGCCAUGGGUGUAGACUGACUCUCUAAAGAAGAGAAGAAAGAGCACAAGCAGAAGCUUAAGGACCAAACUGCAGAGAAAAUCCACAGUCAGAAUUAGCCAGGCAUGGUGGUGCGCACCUGUAAUCCCAGCUACUCAGGAGGUUGAGGCAGAAGAAUUGCUUGAACCUGGGAGGCAGAGGUUGCAGUGAGCCGAGACCGUGCCACUCUACUCCAGCCUGGGUGACAGAGCAAGACUGUCUCAAAAACAAAAAAUAAAAAAGAAGAAGAAGAAGAAAAGAAAAUCCAGUCAGGACAUAAGAGAAGGAAGAGGACCCAGUAAGGGAAACAGCAAAUGUAUCAGAGAUGUAGGAAGAGAACCAGAGAAAUGUGCAGAGCUCAAUAAAUGAGAAGAUAGUUGGUGGGUUAAACAGAAAGAAGUGAUUUAAGGGCCAAAGUCUCUUCCCAAAACAUAACCUGAUGUUUUUCACUCCAUUUAGUCAUUCUGCCUGAAAUUUUAUCUGUUAUUCCUUUUGCAUUAAUGACAAUUAAUAACAAUUAAGAGGGUGAGGUAUUAACUAUCUUUUCACUAUAAUCUAAAUUACAGUGUUUUAAUAAGAUUGCUUUCUAUCUACCCUGAGGGAUGAGAUCAUUCUAUGAAAGCAAUAGUUUUUAUUAGAAGUAUUAAAACAGAGGAAAUGAGAGUGGUAAUUUUGGAGUUCUGGCUGCUUGGGAGGACUGGGGGCGGUGUUUUGGAUAGCCAGAGGGCAGCAUGACGGCACUGGGUAGGAGAACAAGAAAAUGGGGUUCUAAGAGGCUGAGGAGAAGGAUGUAGAAGCAUGGAAAGACACCAAUAACAAUUUGCAAAUCUUAGGGGAGGGGAAGGACCCUGAUUUUUCCUUUCUUCCCAGCGACAAAAUGAAAUGCAACCUCUCUCCUUAUAAAAUCAGGAGAUAGGAUAGAAAUAGCUAGUAUAAAAACAAUAGUAAUAAUAAUAAAGCAUGUGCCUCGUGCUUUAUUCAAAUUUAAUCCUCAUAACAACCCGAAGAGACAGACACUAUUAUCUCCAGUUUACAGGUAAGACAGGUGCUGUUAGCCUAGUGUUGGGUCUGCAAAGUUUGGGGUUGCAGGUCAGAGAGGACAGGGACAUGAAGCAGUCUCCUUUCUAGCUGAAAGCCUUCCACCUCCCAUCCUGAGAUGUCUGGCCUGGGAAGCAGAGGCAAACACAAUUGGGUGGGUGGUGGUGGUUUUGGUCACAUGUAGUAUACAUGCCUUCUGCUGGGGGAGGGGAAAGAGGAACAUUACCUGACAUCACCCAUGAGAGGAUGUGAAUAUCCCCCACAGCUUUGGUCUGUCUGUAGAUUUGGAUUUUAAAGUAGGAAGGAACAGUCACGGUGUAGAUACUGAACUUGGAGUCAGAAAACUCAGGUCAGAUCUCACCGGAUAACCUUAAGCAGGUCAAUCCGCCUUUCCGGGCUGCACUUUCUUCAAUUAUAAAAUGAAGGCGUUGGAUUCAAGUUAAAUCUCUGAGGUCCCUUCCAGCUCAAAAACUGUACAAUUUGAGAACCUGGUGGUUGAAUGUGACAAAUUGUGAUCUCUCUCUCUCCCACUGCAUAUGUUCCAGAGCGUGGUAUUUUGGGUAUAAAUAUGCCAAUGUCUGCUGUCUGUAUGUGUGUGUAUUCCAGCUAUAUGACUAAAACUUUAGUUGUUUGUGGGUAAACAAGGGAUGCUUCUUCGUUUUCUCCAUGAGAGACCAAAUGGCUCUGAGUGGUAGUAAACAAAAAGAUCACUGACUCAAGGUAUAAUGGGAGGGCAAAUGAUCCAAGAAAUGGUUUUAGUCUGUAAUCAUUCUUUGGCAGUUAUUUUUGGUUUUUUACUUUCAUUCUUUUUAAAACCAAAUCCAAUUAAGUCUUGACAUCAACCCUGUGAAAUGGCACAGGUUUUUAUAGAAGAGGAAAAAUAGACUCAGAGAUGAAAUGAUUUGUCUAAGAUCACACAGCCUGUGAGGGCCAGAGCCAGAGCUAAGAUCUAGGGCUUCUGACCCUUGGCUUGUGUGUUCUUCCUAGGACUGAGCUGGGUGUGAGAAGAGCCCAGGCAUAGAACACUCAGUCAAAGAGGCUCUGGUUUCUAGGUAAAGGCAAAGAGGAGAGCCACUGGCCAAAGGAGGCCAGGCCGACUGGGCCGUGCUACUCCCACCUCUGCAGCUUCCUGGCUGAAGUGACAUUCUAUUCAGAGCAGAGCCUUGCAAGACUUACAGAUAACGGCUAUUUCAAGAGCUAUGAACUGUGAUUAGUUAGAAUGUCAGACGGCCAUGAUAAGAAGUGAAAACAUUCUGCAGCCUCUGUCAAGAUGCGAAAGGUGUUUACUAACUCUUCUCAGAACCGAAUUUGCCUUCUUUCUCAGGGCUCACUUCUAUGAAGCAGGGAUGCAAUCGCCUCUCGCAUUGUUGUGAGGAUCCAAAGAGAUAAUUAGGUAGGAGUGUCUCGGAAAAGCCUCACACUUUUGCUUGUUCAUUCAACCAACCAACAUUUACUGAACACAGGAAGUGUGUUAGGAACUGGAGGGAAUACUAAGGCAAAUAAGAAACGGGGAGUUCAGGAUCACGUUAUUAUCUCCCCUCUCACCUUUCUGUAUCAUGGUUUCUUCUUGUCUAGGACCAUAUGAGGGAAGAUGGGCCCUGUAGUCUUGUCCAAUUCCCUAGCUAAGUGCUUCUGUCCCAGGGAAUUCUGAGCCCAACCUCCAGGUUACAUUGGAUCAGCAGAGGGCCCUCAGCUAUAGCUCAUUCAAGAAAUCAUUCAUUCACUCACGUGAGCCAGGCAUGGCUCUAGGUGCUGGGGAUACAAUGGUCAACAAACAAACAAGGUCCUUGCCCUCGUGGAGCUGUCACCUGGGGAAGGCAGCUUUUUUUUUUUUUUUUUUUUGAGACGGAGUCUCACUCUAUUGCCUAGGCUGGAGUGUAAUGGCACGAUCUCGCCUCACUGCAACCUCUGCCACACCCAGCUAAUUUUUUUAUUUUUAGUAGAGACAGGGUUUUACUAUGUUGGCCAGACUGGUCUUGAACUCCUGACCUCGUGAUCGACCCGCCUCGGCCUCCCAAAGUGCUGAGAUUACAGGCAUGAGCCACUGCGCCUGGCCAACAGCAGCUUUUAAAUCAAUAUGCAAAUAAACAUAUGUUCACCAGCUGGGCGUGGUGGCUCAUGCCUGUAAUCCCUGCACUUUUGGAGGCUGAGGCGGGCAGAUCACUUGAGCUCAGGAGUUCAAGACCAGCCUGGGCAACAUGAUGAAACCCUGCCUCUAUCAAAAAUAUGAAAAUUAGCUGGGCAUGCUGGUGCAUGCCUUUAGUCCCAGGUACUUGGGAGGCUGAGGUGGGAGGAUGGCUUGAGCCCACGAAGUUGCAGCUGCUGAGCUGUGAUUGUGUCACUGCAUUCCAGACUAAGACCUUUUCUCAAAAAAAAAAAAAUAUAUAUAUAUAUAUGGAUAGAUAUAGAUACAUAUACACAGUGUGUGUGUGUGUGUGUGUGUGUGUGUGUGUGUGUAUUUGCAGGCUGUUAUGAGGUGAGGAGAGAGGAGUAGAACCCAGUUUAGAAGGCCUCUCUGAGGAGGCCUGAAGCUGAGAUCCCUGAAGGAUGAGAGGUCAAGCCCUCCAGGCAGAGGGAACAACAUGGUCAAAGACUCUUGAAAUGGGAGGGAACACGAUGUUUUCAAAUAACUAACAGGAAAGAGGAAAGCGGUGGAGCAGAGCCCAGAGCAAGCAGGACAGUGGUUCCAGAAAAGAUUGGAGAGGGAGGGGCAGGACCACGCUGGGUCUUACAGACUGAGGCAAGGAAUUCGUUACAAGUGCACCUCUAAUGCCUUCUGCUCUCUCUACCCAGUGCUGGGGAAGAAAUGAGCUGGUUUGUUCUGCUAGUUCUGUCCUCCCAUGAGUCAUGAAAGCUUGGGGGUUAAAGAAAUUUGGCAUGAGACAAACCACCAAAAAACAUUAUCAGCUUCAGCUUCUUUUUAGGUGAGUGACCUUCGAGGGGGCUGGCGCAAUGGGGGUUGGCGCAAUGGCUUCAAGGAGGCUGGCACAAUGGCUCAUGCCUUCAAGGGGGCUGGCGCAAUGGCUCACGCCUGUAAUCCCAGCACUUUUGGAGGGUGAGGCAGGUAGAUCACUGAGGUCAGGAGUUCGAAACCAGCCUGGCCAACACGGUGAAACCCCGUCUCUACUAAAAAUACAAAAAAAAUUAGCCAGGCAUGGUGGCAGGCACCUGUAAUCCCAGCUACUUGGAAGGCUGAAGCAGGAGAAUCACUUGAACCCGGAAGGCAGAGGUUCCAGUGAGCAGACAUUGUGCCACUGCACUCCAGCCUGUGUGACAGAGUGAGACUCCACCUCAAAACACAACAAAACAAACAAACAAAAAAAACCUACAAGGUGAGGAAAACGUGCACAAAUAACUGUAAUAAAAGGAAGAGAGUGAUAAAAGCUACAAAAAGGUUAACAGAUAAGCAUUUUCCAAGUAACAAAGCUUUUUCUACUACAGGAGCCACUGAGUGCUCUUGUAAAGAAAACCAGCACUACAAAGUAGUAAAUUAUAAGUGAUGCAAACACUACCUCCUGUAGAAACUCACAGGAAGGGAAGCCAGGUAGAGGCAUGCUCCCAUGCCAGCAGGUGGGGAUACAAAUCCUCCUUCUGCUACCUUUCCAGAAGAAAGUUAGCAAUAGAGAUCAAGAGCGUAAAAAAAAAAAAAAAAAGAAAAAAAAUCAUUUCGACCCAAUAAUUCCACUUCUAAGAAUGUAUCCUUAGGAAAAAAAAUUAGACAUUUGUUCAAGGAUUUCUGUUGAAUUUUCCUUAUAAGGUUAUUAUAUUAUCAAAUAGAAACAACUGAAACAGCCAAGUUGGGUUACAUUAUGGGACAUGCUCAUGAUGGCAUCAUAUUUAAGUGACGUUUUUGAAGCACGGUAGUGACUUUUGGAAAAGGCUCAAUACAUCAUUUUAAUGAGACGUGCAAACUCAUCAUUACGAUAUACUAGGAGAAAUGCUUUGACAGACGAAGUGGGAACAACUGGGAGAGUGAAUGAUGGAGUGUCAGGAACAGGGGCAUAUGAGUUGGGUCUUCCAGGUUGUGGAGGUGUUUCCGGGUGGAAGAGAAGGAGGGACCAAGCGGAGAGCCCUAAGUCCUGAAGACAACUGGGAAGGUAACACACCUCUUAAGAAGGGCAUGCAGCAGCCAUACCUCUCAUCCGCCACGGUCAGCAAACCCAUUGUGUUUCCUGGAGUGAGUUGGGCCAUCAAGAUGGGUGGUGCCCUCCUGCUGGAGAAGAGGGGCUCGGUGGGAAUCCCUGCCCCAAGGCCUGGCAGCAACGCUCCUCCGCUGCCCUGGGCCGCAGGCCUGCUAAGCCCUCCGCUCUCGCUUCCCUGCGCGCGAAAUAAGUCCCAGGGCCAAUUGGCCUCCCCACCCAGUGCUUCCGGGGGCGCCAAAAAACGACCUGCCCAGACCCUCAGCGUCGACGCUGCGCGCAAGCGCAGUCAACUGCUGGACCCGGCCGGUGUGAAGUUUCACACUCAAAAGGAUGAAGGGCACCCACCUGGCUUAAGAGAACGACUCCCAGAAGUUCUCACAGAUGCUGCUUCUCCUCUGGCUCAGAUCAUGUCUACUGUGAAGGAAGCAGCACACCGGCUGUCCAAAAGUAAGAUGAGCCUCUAUGCAGUGCUGGAUCUUAAGAAGGGCGCCUCACCUGAAGACAUCAAAAAAUCCUACAGCCAUUCCGCAUUGCUUCCCCACCCUCCUUUUGGGUAUCGCCUGGGUAGGAAACUGGCCUUGCGGUAUCAUCCUGACAAGAAUCCAGGGAAUGCUCAAGCAGCAGAAAUAUUCAAAGAGAUCAACGCAGCUCAUGCCAUACUGAGCGACUCUAAGAAGCGGAAAAUUUACGACCAGCAUGGCUCAUUGGGAAUAUAUCUGUAUGAUCACUUUGGUGAAGAAGGCGUCAGAUACUAUUUUAUUCUGAAUAGUUGUUGGUUCAAGACACUUGUCAUCCUGUGUACUCUGCUCACUUGUUGCUGUUUCUGUUGUUGCUGUGGAGCACUUAAACCACCACCUGAGCAGGAUAGUGGGAGAAAAUAUCAGCAGAAUGUCCAGAGUCAGCCUCCAAGGUCAGGUGCUGACCCAGUGAGGGUGCCUUCUGCUGCCCAGUCCCCUGGACACAUUGAAGAGAGGAGCAAGUAGCCCUGUCCUGACAUUGACCCUGAUUUGACCCCUCUUCUUAUAAGAAUCUCAAGAAUCUCUUCAGAAGCACUGAUGACAUUGAUCCCCGUAAGGACAUCACCUCUACCCUUGGUACCACACUCUGUAUGGGGUUGCCCAGCUACUCUUCCUUUUAGUUGCAGUCCCAAUUUUACUCCGUCAGAAAGCAGCCCUCCCCUCCCUUCCCUUAUGAGGUCUCAGGCAGUGGUGGCAGAUUUUUCCUGAAGAGUCUUUUUCCUGUGUCUGCCUUGUUAUUGGAACCAGUGCCAGCUGGUAGGAUCCCUGAGCCCCUUGCGAUAUCACCACCAAGAGCCUGAUAACUGAGCAGGGUGGAUCCUGUCCCUGGAGCUGCUGCACCCGUUAAUUCUCCCUUGUUACAACUCUGUGUACCAAGAACCCCUAGCAUCAGCCUCAUUCCUAAGCCAAUAACGCCUGUAUGGAGUUGGUCUCACCUUCUGGUGCCCACGGCCGUUGGCAUUGCCAGCCUCAUUCCAUGCCACUGAGUCAACUCAGGAAAACUGCGAGUGCAUUUGAGGCUUAGGGGUAGUCAUUCCAUCUUUAGAUUAUCCUUGGACUUCAGCUACCAGCACAGCAUGCAUUAGCCUUGGUCCUGUAGGUUAACUGAAGUUCAAACAUCAGUGCCAGCUUGCCUCCAUCCUUUUCUCAUAUUAUGCAGGCCAAUUGACAUAUAAUUUUUUCUUAAAAAUAGGGGCAUGAAAUAUGUGAUCUGGAAAAGAUUGUACUUUCUGGACUCUUUUCCCACUCUUGCCUCUUUGUGCUGCUGUUUCGUAUCCUCCUCACACCGUGUAUUUCCCACCCACUCAGGGUCACAGCCUACUAAUUCCUCAAACUUCUCUCCCUGGACUAGGAGAAAGGCUAAAGAAUGUCAGUAAAUAAAAGAGCUUUCAUCCAA